AUGCAACCAUCUAGCAACAUGGCAAUGGCACAUCUCCAAGCAAUUCUCGCAUGCCUUCCUUGCGGUACUGCGGAGUCCACAGACGACACCUAUCCCGACGAGAAAGCCGCCCUACUCUCCGCCGGUGUAUCCAACCCAUGCCUUGCCGCUGAGACCGCCGACAAUGUUGUCGCAACCCUCCUAACCACGUCCCUCACCGGCCCAGCCCUACACAUGCACCUGGACUCCGUCGUCGGUGCAUCGGGCUGGCGCUCCAACAUCGCCGAAUAUGUCCUAGAGAAACUCGCAUCCGCACUGCAGGCGUCGCAUGAACGGCUCGGUCCCACCAUCCGCAGCGCAUAUCAGCGGGCGUGGGAAGCUGCGCAAAGCAUCCAAGGCUUCGUCAUCAAACAUCCUGUAAUGAGCACCGUCAUUGCCCUGGGCGUACUCGCUAUUAUUGCGCCGUGGGUGUUGGAAGCGCUCGGUUUCGCCGAGUUGGGGCCCGUUGAAGGUACGUGA